UAUUGAAACAAAGAGCGGAUUGGAAUCCAGGCCUUGAGAGGUCUCUUGUUGACAUUCUCCAUGAAUUUAAAGAAAGUGGAUACAGAGGUGACAAUGGUUGGAACUCUGAAGGGUGGAAUAGAAUGGUCAAGGAGUUUCAUGUGAGGAACAAGUAUGUCUCCUUUACAAAGUCUCAAAUUCAGGAUAAAGAAGGUCAGCUGAAGAGAGACUACAAGAUGCUCAAAGCAGCAAAGCAACAGAGUGGGUCCACCUAGAAUGAGAAAAGGAAUAUGGUUGAAGGACCACCAGCUUUGUGGGAGAAUCUCAUGGUGACAUUUCCUAAAAUCAAGAAGUUUAACAACAACAAGGCAACCUUCCCUCUCUUUGAUGCUUUGGGAGAGCUUUAUGAUGGACACUUGGCUGAAGGGACUUGGAAUUGCACUUCUCUUGAGGCACCGCAAGAGGAAGAACCGAAUGAGCAACUUCAGGAUGCAGAAGAUGGACCACAAGGCUUUGAUCUGAAUGUUGUUCAUGAUGUAGAUGAUGAAGUUGAUGAUGCACUCACUGAAAGGAAUGAAGAUAUGCUUCAAGGAAGGGCUAAUACUCUGUCACGAGAUGAAGAAAGUGGACAGCGAAGACCUGUUGCGUCAAGAAACAAGCAAGAAAAGGAACCAAAGAAGCCUAGAAAGACUGAUAACAUAGAAAAUAUGAUGAACAAAUACCUAGAAAUGAGGAGCAAGCAAGUAGAAGAUGAAGCUGUAAGAGAAAAGGAAGCAAGAUAAAAGGAGACAAGAGAAAAGGAGGCAGCUCAAAGUGAAGAUUUCUCCAUCAAAAGGUGCAUAUCAGUUCUGAACACAAUGGAAAAAGUGACCAAACUGGAGAAGGCAAAAGCAUAUUCAGUCUUCACCAAGAGCAAAGAGAAUAGAGAGACUUUCAUAUGUGCAUGUGAAGCGGAUCAAGAAUCAGCUUUGAUUUGGCUAAGAAAUGAGAUGGCUUAGUAGGUUUGGGUGAUCAAUCAGUGAUGCUUAGCACAUCUGGAGGUUUCUUAUUUUGAACUGACAUGCUUAGUUCUAAAGUGAUGUUUCUUCUUAGCACAUCUGUUCUAUCUCUUAGCUGUUGAAGAUGUCAGUCUAUCAAGAUUGUUCUUUGCGUUUGUUGGCAAGACUAUAAUCUGUUUGUUGCUAA